GGUCGUCCAGCUAGCACAUAUCACACUUUUAUUAAGGUAAUUACGCGCGUAAAACUUACGCUCAAAAUACGGAAGGUAUUUGAGUAAGAUGUUGAAUUUUGCUUGUUUAUGCGACUGCCAAAUUGGCGGCCUGUGAAGCAGCCCGCUCGCCUGACGUAAUGACCCGCAAGAGGACAACAGUGGCGCGCUGUCUUUUCCUGCUAACUGCCUUCCUUUGAAUCCUUCAUUGUCUUUAUCACGUGUAGUUAUUUCGUCACACAGCGUGCUGUUGGUACGUGCGAUGGGUUCCUAAGAUGCACAUUUGGGAAUGAAUCGUUGGUGAUGUAAGAUAACGUCAGGGUUAGCAUUGGUGCUAAUGGGGUGUCCUGUUACCAACACUGCAACCUUUCUUGCAGUCUUUUUGUGAAGUGAAUACAGAAUAUAUAUUUUUGGGUUUAUUUGGUGGCUUGUCCCAUGCGUGAUAACAAAGCCAUGUGCUUUAUGUUGAGUUAUGUUGCAUGCUGAGUCAAUAAUACCCUUUUCUCUUCUAUAGUUGAAUAUAUUCUAAAUGACUGGUAACCGGUUGUUACAUAUUAGUAGAUUGUACAACCGUUACCUGGCACAUGUGACGUGCUAUGUCAUGACAUAACAUGCCAUAAGCCAUGUCAUGUCAAAUCAUGGUCCGGUUUAAGCAAAUUAGUUAGUACGGUUCAUUUGGUCAAGUGUAUAUGCAGUCCAUCAAACCCAGGCCCGGACCAAACAGAUGGUUCUGAGUCUGCUUGCAAUUGGACUCUCGUGCCCAGUAGGGUUGGGUAUUGUUUACAUCAGGGGUGCUCACACUUUUUCAAAAUGACCAAUUCCCAAAUAUCUGCCUCCGACUAUAAAAUUAUAUAUAUAUAUAUAUAUAUAUAUAUACAAAUAUGAGUACGUAUUUAUGUACGUGAUACAAGUAUAUCAGGGGUGCACGCAGUUUUUUCAGCAUGCAAGUUACAAGUCAAAAAGAUCUACCUCUUUCUAUAAAACAUAUAUAAUAUGUAACCGGUAAACUUUGAAAUACUAUUGUAAAUAUUAAUGAUUAUUUCACAUUCAUAUUUUCAAAGAUUACAGGUAAUCAAAGUAGUUGAUAUCUUAAUUAUAUUCAAUAUGGCAAUAAAGAUAAUUACACAUAAUUCCUCAACAGUUGUGUACAUAACCCGAGUACAGGUAAUGUCGGUCAAAAUAGCUACCUAAUGUUCAUUAGGAGACACAGUUCAUGUAUUGCAUCCAGUUAGCCUUUGCUAACAAACAUUGCCGAUAUACAAGAAUUGAAAAUGAUGAUACAAAAGACAACGCAGCCGAAGUCAAGAAAACAUAUUAAAAAGGUUUCCAUUUCAUCAUGAAAUAUUAGGCAAUUGCCUAGGGCCCUGAGAUUUCCAGGAGCCCCCUAGACGUCUCAUAAAAACUAAUUGAUUUUUUCCUUUGAUUUAAAGUACAUAUUACUGUUUUAGCCUUAAAUCACGUGCUUAAAACUACAUCAAAAUGCGUAAUCUAUCAUGAUUGUUUUGACUGCGCCCCCCUCCCCCUCAUGCAAUGGACUAUUCCAUGUUACUGCGCAUGUGCAGAUUGAUUCAGGAAGACGACAGCAAAAAUAAUAGUUGUUGGCGUGGUGUGGAGGAAGAUGAAGCGAAGGUACCCGAGUGGAGUUGAGAAGGCAAGAGGAAAGUACACACUUUUUUAAAAAUCAAAACUACCGAAUGUGUCAACCUUUUCCAUAGUCCCAAGUACAAACAUAGUAGACAUACGACAACAAGAGCCAGCCGCUCUUGACAGUAGCUCUGCUGUCAGUGUCAGCCGCGGAGGUAGUUUUCGGGCUGAAGCUGAGCCUGCGAAGAUUCCCUGGAUGAAGACUGCACACUGGAGGAGGAAGAUGAGGGACUGGUAGAGGAAGAAGAUGAAAUUGAUCAGUUCAACGAUGAUACCUUUGGAGCUGGCGCCAUCGAUGAUGAUUGGCAGGAGGAACAUAAGCGCCUUGCUGAACUUGAUGAGCGAGAUGGGCUUGGAGAAGGUGUUGGGUCAGAAAGAGGGGGAAUGGGAGGAGAACCAGAAGAUCCAUCCUCCACAUAUGUUGCAUCUGCUGCUGACCAUCCCCCCUUUCAGUCAUCCCCCUCUUUACCCCACUACUCUUCUUCCUCAGGAAGACCACAGGGAGAUGUAGAGGAUGGAAGAAGUGAAAGUGACUUGGCUGAGUCGUUGGCGAGACUUGUCCUCGACGCUGACCCCGCUAUUGCUGGAGUCGGGGCCGCAGAGAGGCCGGGUUUGUCCCACAAUCAAAGGUUGGGGCAUGACUCAAGACCCAAAGUCUUGCACCAACCUUCAGCCCUUUCACAUUCAACUCGCCUACACCAGCAGGCUCCAGGGCCUCCCAGCACAGGUCUUCCUCCUGGUCAUCCUCCCUCAUCAAUGCUCAGCUACCAACAGCAGCAACAUUUACUCCGCUCGGGACCUGGCCAGAUGAACUCUCACAGUAUCUGGGAGAACAGUAUGGGCUUCGGACCGGUCAGUGUUACCCCCGGACUAGUUACACACAUGGAGGAUAGUCCAUUAUUGUCCAUAAUAAAGGAGGCGGGACUUCCAAAACGUCCAGCUCAGGGGAGGAACGAUGAAGGGCGUGAUUUGUCAGAAAGAGUUCCACCUCCACGCUCUUCUUCUCCUGUGAUUGGCUCACCUCCGGUGAGGGCGAUACCAAUUGGGACUCCGCCCAAGCAACCAAUGGCUCACAGCUUAAAUCAUCAGAUCCACCACCCCACAGCAGUUCAUGUGAGAGCCCCGAUCCAGCACAGAUAUCCGCCUCCUUUCCCAGAACGUCUGUCACCAAACACUCUACUCAAUUUAGCUAACUCGCCACUAUGUCGUGGACCAUUUCCUCCAGGAGUGGGUCCAGUGCUUUCACAGAUUCAAAGGGCCCAGCUUCUCAACUCUCAGGUGGCUGGUGUUGCCCGUGGAAGUCCAGUGCCUCCUUUGUUACCUGGUGGAGGAGGUUUCAGACCAUUUUUCGGUGGCCCACACCCUCCACACGGUCACCGAAUGGGCCCGCCGCCGCCUCAUGGCCACCUCAACCACAUGCCACCCAUCAGACACACUGCCACCCACCUUCAUCCUCAACACCGCCGCAUGCUCACCCAGCGCAUGCAAAACAGAGGAGGGGACCGUAGCAGGACUGGAGGGGACUGGCACAGCAGGGACCCAUACAGCAACCUGAUGACUCAGAAAGAAAAGGAAUGGGUCACUAAAAUCCAAAUGAUGCAGCUUCAAAGCACUGACCCUUUCUUGGAUGAUUACUACUAUCAGAACUACUAUGAAAAGAUGGAGAAGCGCCAGGAGAGAGAAAGAGACAGCAGUAAAAAAGAACACACGACCAAGCUCAUCACUCCACAAGUUGCCAAGAUUGAACACACUUACAGACCAGUUCAGUUUGCGGGGUCUCUGGGUAAACUGACAGUGUCGAGUGUCAACAAUCCACGCAAAAUGAUUGAUGCCGUGGUAACAAGUCGCUCAGAUGACGAGGAGAAGAGAGAGAAGCAGGUUUGGAAUAAGAGACGGCAAAUUCUGUACACUGUGGAAAAGAUCUACAGUUUGCUGCUGGAGGUUCAGGACUUCGAGAAACGUUUUGUCCAUGCACCAGAAGAGGAGCGGGAGGCUUUAUUGGAGCGGCACAAAAGCAACACCGUGCAGCUGUGUAACUCUCUGCAAGAAAAGGAUUGGGACGACAGGGUAAGCGAUGAUCGGUGUGUGAUGAUCAUGUCGGUGAGAAAGGGCAAACGCCUUAUCUCCAGGCUCCUUCCCUAUCUACCCUCGUCCCAGGCUGCCGCCGUUGUUAUGGCGAUUGCCCGCAACCUUCCCGCCCUCGCCAAGAAAGACAAGCAAGACCAGGUGCUGUGCUGGUUAGUGGAGCCAGUUUCUGCUGUGAUCAUGUCCAUGUCGAGUGCUGCCCUCACAGACUUGCUCCAGGAGCUUCAAGGCAGUGAGGGUCAACUAACUACAGUACUGCAUAACAAGUUUGGUGUGACACUGCUCUACGUCAUCCUGAGCCAAGGAGAGAGGAUGCAAAGCUCUGACCCCAGCUGUCAGCUGAUGGAUGACAAUCGAUGGACAGAGUUGGUAUUUUCUGUGACGAGGGAGUUGCUGAGCAUUCCCUCCUCAUCCCUCUCAUCUCCUCUCUUCACACCUCCCAACUUGCUCUUCCUGUUCUCACGCUAUGUGGACCGCCAGCGCUUGGACUUGUUGCAGGAAAAACUACAGAUCUCUACUUUGUCCAGGUAGAAGUUUCUACACACAACCCCCACGAUAUGUUGCAGAUGUGCGUGCGUGCGUGCAUGCGUGCGUGCGUGUGUGUGUGUGCGUGCGCAUUCUUCAAUGUGUCUGACUAAAUGAGAUUGAGAACUUUUGAAUGCUAGCGAGGCCAUCUGCAUUUUUAAACAUAUUGUUUACAAUUGUACCUUGAAAUUAAAAAGUAUUUCUAUGAGAUAAAAUUUGCACAGUUAUUUUCUUGUCCCUUUUGGUUUGAGAACAAAGCUGACAAAUAUGUAAAACUCCUCACCGAAAUUCAUCUGUCUUUGUAAAAUAUGAUUGGAGUGUAAAUUGUGUGUCAUUGUCAUUUUAAAGUAAACCUGUAUAUGUACUAUGUCGAGAAAUUGACCAUUUUUUUAAGUGUAUACUUUUUCCAACGUUGUCAUUGGUAUCGAACAUCAAAAUAGUCCCAACCUUAGUCCCUCGAACAAAGGGUACCGGGACUUGUGUACUGCUAUUUAUCAGUAGGGUAUGGUUGUAAACCUGCUCCUAAGGUCAAAGGGCUAACACCAAACUGAGUACAUCCCUCAUAUUUCUGCUGAUCAGUGGGGAAAUUAAAGUAUUUGACCCCCUGCUGAUUUUGUAAGUUUACUGUCUUGGAAAGAUACCAACAGUCCAGAAUUUGUAUGCAAGCUUUACUGCAACAAAGACCCUCAAUGUAAACAUGAUCAAAGCUAUAAAUGCAUUUGUAUUUGAGACCAACCAGGUAUUCUUUCCCCCAUGGACCGUGUAUGUACCCGUGAAGCACACAAAUGAGUCUUUCCCCUUUUAAAAAAGUACAGUAUGGUACUCCGAAUCUCAGCUCAUUAUGUGGAUAAAAGAAAUGCCACAGAAUCAGGCUUUUCCAUUCAAAUCUCCACCACCAUGGGCAAGACCCAAGAGCUGUCAGAGAAGCUCAGGUACGAACUAGAUUGUUCUGGCCACUAAUUUUUGUGAAUGAAGAUUCAUCCAUGUUGCUCUUUUCUUAGCCAAGUAUCCUGUUCACAAUCCACAGAGAAGCUGAGGCGGGACACGCCCUGGACCAGUCACUCAUUCACACAAAUCGUUUUCAUAUUUUUAUUGAAGG